GUCCUCACUCUCUCUCCUCCCCCCUCUCUCUCUCUCUCUCAUCGGUCCGCCGUUCCUCCACCGCCGUCCGUACUCCAAGACCCGCCACCCCCCGCGGCGGUGGCGGCGGCGGCGGCGGUGACCGCCGAAUUCUUGAUCCGACCUUCGGUGUAGCCCUCGAGAAGUCCAAAUCCCCCAAGACCAGUCCGUCUGGUCUCCGAUCAGGAUCUCUACCGUGUCAAUUUGCGGCGGAGGAAGCAAAGCUCGGAACUUGAACAAUUCAGCUUACAGGUCCGAAGCGAUCGACUUGCCCCGAGACUAUUUUAUGGUUCCGAUUUUGGAAAUCUGGGAUCUGGUCUUGCGUGAUUUCGUUGAUUGAUCGCGAAGCGAGAAAUUCCCGAAGAGAGAAUUGCCCGGGUUUCAAUUUGACCCGCCGUUGGAAAAUUCGCCCAGUUUCUGCCGAGUGGUCGCCGGUAUUUAAAUUCGACUUCACAUGGCUGGAAGGGCCCCUAUCGCCGCUAAAAGUUCGGCACUCAUCGCCAUGAUUGCUGAUGAGGACACUGUCACUGGGUUUUUACUGGCUGGUGUCGGUAAUGUUGACUUAAGGAGGAAGACAAACUAUCUCAUCGUUGACUCGAAAACAACUGUGAAAGCUAUUGAAGAUACCUUCAAGGAGUUCACAUCAAGGGAGGAUAUCGCUAUUGUUUUGAUCAGUCAAUAUGUUGCAAACAUGAUAAGGUUUUUGGUCGAUAGCUACAAUAAGCCAGUUCCAGCAAUUCUGGAGAUCCCGUCAAAGGAUCAUCCCUAUGACCCUUCUCAUGACUCAGUUCUUUCGAGAGUGAAGUACCUCUUCUCUGCUGAAUCAGUGGCAUCGGGAAGGCGCUGAACCUUCCAUCAUUUCGUGUCUUCUGCAGAGUAGCUGUAUGUUCAUUUGUCUGUCGGCAUGUAAAUGCGUACGGUGAGUUAUAAACUAUCUGCAAUAGUGAGGGGCAUUGAGGACUUAAUGAUUGAGGCUGUGUUUUUGGUGUUCUCUUAAGCUUGGCAAUCUGAUCGAGGUUGAUUUUUUGACAAGAAUCACAGGUUGCCCUUUACCAAGUGAAACCGCGAUGUUGUAAGGAUUUCUAGGGUCAACUAAUUUGACCCAUAUCUUAACUCAUAUUCAUUUUGCUGGGUCAAA